GAGGGAGAGCUGAAGGCUGAGAGCCAGACAGAGCCAGCAGGCAGGCACCUCCAAGUGGACAGAGCACCUCAUCUUGCCACCAUGAGCACCACCACAGGGCCUGAAGCUGCACCCAAACCAAGUGCAAAGUCUAUCUAUGAACAGAGGAAACGUUACUCCACAGUGGUUAUGGCUGAUGUAUCCCAGUAUCAUGUCAAUCACCUGGUCACCUUCUGCUUGGGGGAGGAAGACGGCGUGCACACUGUGGAAGAUGCUUCCAGAAAGCUGUCAGUCAUGGACAGCCAGGGGCGCGUCUGGGCACAGGAGAUGCUGCUGAGAGUGUCACCUGGUCAUGUCACUCUGCUCGAUCCGGUUUCCAAGGAGGAACUAGAGUCAUAUCCUCUCGACGCCAUAGUACGCUGCGACGCGGUGAUGCCCCGAGGACGGAGCCGCUCGUUGCUGCUCCUGGUGUGCCAAGAGCCAGAGCGUGUACAGCCGGAUGUCCAUUUCUUCCAGGGCCUGCUCCUUGGGGCGGAGCUGAUCCGUGAAGACAUCCAAGGGGCUCUGCAGAACUACCGCUCCGGACGAGGGGAACGCAGGGCGGCAGCACUCAGGGCGACGCAGGAGGAGCUGCGACGCGGCGCCUCUCCAGCUGCAGAGACCCCGCCCUUACAGCGUCGCCCGUCUGUCCGCGCGGUGAUCAACACCGUGGAACCAUCCGCGGUCCGCGGGCGACCCCAAGUGGAGCCAAUUCCAGAGACUGAGGAAGCGAGGAAACCCGACCCAGCACGCACAACUAGCAACGCUGAUUCUACCUCCCCGGACCUGGGCCCAAGGGGUCCUGAGCUGGCGGGUCUGCAGGCAGAGCGGGAUGUGGAUAUCCUGAACCACGUGUUUGACGAUGUGGAGAGUUUUGUAUCGAGACUGCAAAAGUCAGCAGAGGCUACCCGGGUUUUGGAGCACCGCGAGCGCGGCCGUAGGACACGACGCCGAGCUGCCGGAGAGGGCCUGCUGACACUGAGGGCCAAGCCACCCACCGAGGCUGAAUACACCGACGUGCUUCAGAAAAUCAAAUAUGCCUUCAGUCUGCUGGCCCGGUUGCGCGGCAACAUCGCCAACCCCUCCUCUCCAGAGCUGUUGCAUUUUCUGUUCGGACCUCUGCAGAUGAUUGUGAACACUUCAGGAGGCCCUGAGUUCGCGAGGAGUGUGCGACGGCCGCAUUUGACGUUGGAGGCUGUGGCGCUGCUCCGAGACAAUGUCACUCCUCGUGAAAACGAACUAUGGACCUCGCUGGGGGACUCCUGGACCCGCCCAGGGGUGGAGCUGCCCCAUGAAGAAGGGUCUCCCUACAGUCCAGAAUUCUACAGCGGCUGGGAGCCUCCAGCCACUGAUCCGCAGGGCCGCCCCUGGGAGGACCCAGUGGAAAAACAGCUACAACACGAGAAGCGGCGCAGGCAGCAAAGCGCCCCCCAGGUCGCGGUCAAUGGUCACCAAGAUCCUGAACUGGAAACUGAGUCUCAGCUAGAAGAGAAAGCCAGAAAAUGGGUUCUGUGUAAUUAUGACUUCCAGGCCCGAAACGGCAGUGAGCUGUCUGUCAAGCACCGAGAUGUGCUGGAGGUCCUGGAUGACAGGCGCAAAUGGUGGAAGGUUCGGGACCAUCAGGGACAAGAGGGCUAUGUACCCUAUAAUAUCCUGACACCCCACCCUGGACCCCAGGUGCACCGCAGCCAAAGUCCCGCAAGAAACCUAGAGACUAGCACACCUCCUCCCCCACCUGCCCCAGCUCCAGCCCUCACUCAGGUGCGGCCCCAGUGGGACAGUUGCGACAGUCUAAACAGUUUGGACCCCAGCGAGAAGGAGAAAUUCUCCCAGAUGCUUUGUGUCAAUGAGGAGCUGCAGGCGCGCCUGGCGCAGGGCCGUUCGGGCCCCAGCCGGGUAACCCCGGGGCCCCGAGCCCCGGAGCCCCAGCUCAGCCCGCGCUCUGAGGCCUCGGUGGUCCGUGCCUGGCUACAGACCAAGGGCUUUAGCUCCGGGACUGUGGAUGCGCUCGGCGUGCUGACUGGGGCACAGCUCUUCUCGCUGCAAAAGGAAGAGUUGCGGGCGGUGUGUCCCGAGGAAGGGGCGCGAGUGUACAGCCAAGUCACUGUGCAGCGCGCGCUGCUGGAGGACAGAGAAAAAGUAUCAGAGCUGGAGGCCGUGAUGGAGAAGCAAAAGAAAAAAGUGGAAGGCGAGACCAAAACAGAAGUCAUUUGAUCCUGACUGGUUCACAAAACGUGAUGAAACGGUGGGGUUCCCAGCGCCCCGUAGGACAACAGUCACCAGACUCCUCCCCAUCGCCAGUGGCAGUAGAUGCCAUAAAGGAUCGCCCACCCGGGGUUCCCCGCUAGCCUUGCGGGCAGACUGCACUGACAGUGCUGACCGGAACCCUUCCAAAGGGACUGAUGGGAACGGGGAAGGGGACUGAGCAUAGACACUACCAGAGAGGCACGCCCAAGAGGCACAAUGAUGGUCCUGUGCGUUGUGAUGCGCUAUAAACAGCCUCCGUUUAGGCUAUUUCCACCUGCUGUCCCCCUCUCUUGCCGGCUACCAAGGAGCCAGGAGUCUAGGAUACACCCCAUAUUUUCUCUCCAUAAACCUGGAGAUUCCAAUCCAGGCUUCCUCUUAA